UUUGUAAUGUAUGAGUUCUCUUCCAGUGUAGAUCUGAUUAUGAUUGGUAGAAAAGACUGCACAAAAGACCAAUUGGUGUUGGAAAAACUCAAAACUAUGAAAGUUGACGACAUUUUUGAUAUUCCCAAUGUAUUUCAGACGAUAACGAGAGCAGAAGAACCCUCUUCCACCGCGUGGAGAUCUCUCAUGUCUCAUCCUUUUACCCCAUCUUACAUCAGACUCAACCUCCCUGCUUACAUUCAGGCGGUAAAGGUGAUGGUGGUACAUCACAGUGAGGACUUGAAGUUUGUCCGGGAAUCACUGCAGUAUCUUUACAAGAGGGUUGUGUACGAGAAGAACAAAAAGCGGGUGUAUGUAUCAGUGGUUGAGAAUAUCUUACCGUAUCUCCUUGAGAAACACAACGAUCCUGAUGCUAGGGCGGUUCUUGAUGAUAUUGUGCUGAACAAAGAAGCUUUGUCAUUACUGGAAGCUUAUCUUACUGCCAAAAUGUCCAACUUUACUUCUGUGCUCGUCCAGCAGUCCAAGUCUCUUGAGUUAGCACAAACUUGCACGCUGUUUGAGAUACUGUGCAGCGGAAAGAAGUCUAAGAAAAGCAACAAAAUGUUGCUGAGAUGGUUCACUGAAGUAUGUGAUCUUGAUGUUCUGAAAAACGUGGCCCUGCUUGGAGUCAUACGGAAAUACAGGAUAUAUCAGAUAGAGGAGGACAGGGAGCAGGGUUACGAGGUAUCAGCCCACUUCACCUCCCUUCUCUCCUCCCUGGUUGGAGAGGAGUAUUGUAGUGUUGCAAUCGCUAUCUUACCACUCAACUAUAGUGUCGUUACAUUGGAACAAGCUCUCCUACAUUGCAAUGACUUGCUGUUAGCUGAACUUGCUCUGACUUACCAUAAAACUGGCAAACUUCUCCUUCUUUUUCAACAAAUCGUACUUAGGUUCAAUCCUCGUGUUUCAUUAGGAAAGGAAUUCAGGUCUCAGUUAUCUGAGGCAAGUAAUAAGCUUUCUGAGCAGCAACUCCUCGCCCUUCUUACUCUACUAUCUUCAACAUUAGAAGAAAACUUAUCGGUAUCUAACAGUGAGCCCACAGACUUGGGAUCAUAUGAAAUAACGGAAUCACGUGAUACUUCCAAGCGUCCGAGAGUAUCAGAUGAGAGGCUCUGCGGGUUUAUUGCAGACUGUACCUCUGUUCUUAUUAGUCAGUGUAGGGUUCAUAUCCCUGAUGAUGUCGUCAUUAAGCUUUACAAUAUAACUAAGAAUCUGCCCCCGUCUACUGGAAAAACACUCCGACUAUUUUUCAACUCCGCUGUUCUCUUUGAUAAAAUCUCUUCCUUCCAUCCUUUCGAGGUGUCUGAGACACCCCCUUCAAACGAAGAAGAAGUUCAGCUUCUUAUUAAAAGUUUACACUACAGCGACAACCCCACCGACAAACUAGACACCAUACUCUCCACCAUCAGUACAUACCCGGACGUUAUCUUAUCUAAUUUUCUUAUCAUCUACAACAACAUGAUAACAGACCACCUGAUGACCGUGGCUGAGUUCCUCUUAUCAACGAUAAGAGAACACAGCUGGUUUAUCGAGAGUGAGGUGUUCAACAGAUGUACAGAUCUUCAUUCUGCGAUAAUAUCUUGUGUUAUGCGGGACAUGGGAGCAAUUGAGGAGAAGUACUAUUCGGAACCGUUGGUAGAUAUUACUCUGAGUUCAGCUCGAGAUGUUAUCAAAUCAGAACUUUCGUUAUCUGGACCAGGGGUACCUCUGGAAAACCACGUUGACCUACUUUAUCUGCUCUCUCAGCUAUCCCUAAACUCAUCCUACCACAGGCUUCUCAUUACAACAUGGAUAUUAUUCCGUCAGAUGUCUCUAAAUAAGGAUAAACUGGAUAUAGGGUGUCUUUUGUCGGGUGGUGUCGUGUCGUAUCUUGGUCGGUUUUGUAAACCGCCUCCCCCGCACACCCCUCUACCAGUUGUUCACGGUAAACUAGCUGGGCAGAUACUAUCCGAGAUAUUAUCAUUCUCUGCUGGGGGAACUAGUGAGUUUAUUGAGAUAUAUCUGGGUGUAGGUGUUUCGAUGAGUAGCGCUGAUCUUAGUGCUGUGGUAGAAUAUCUUGGAACUCACCAGGUGCAACAUUCUGAUGUUAUUGGAUGUUUGUUAAGGAGAUGUGUAUCCACAAAGCAUCAGCUUCCAGAUAUCAUGAAGACUUAUUGAAUCUGAGGGGUCAUAUCAAAGGGAUUCUUAUCAAUUCUGAAAACCUCGUUUCUAAGCCUAUGUCAAAUGUCAUUGCUCAGUGUGAAUUGCUAUGCACAAUCCAUGACCUUGAAAGUUAUUUCAGCGACAAAGUCGAGCUCACUCUCGAUAAUAUUUCGGAUGUUUGUUUCGAGAUUGCAUUAUCCCUUUUAAAAUCUCCUCUACUAGGAUUGGAAUAUAAAUUGAAGCUGACUCAGAACCUUCUAGAUAACGUUAGUCAAGAUAAGGUUGCUGUAUUCACCGAAGCACUACUUGAUUGCAAUGAAGACUUGUAUCUUCUGGACGAAAAGAAGGUCGAUUUAAAAACAUCCAGCGACAGCUUCAUAGAAAAGUUAAUAGCUAGUCUACCAAACAAAAACGCCGAGUUUCUCCUUCACCACACCAAGUUUGAUCCUGCCCUGGUGGAAACAAUAUCCGCCCCUAUUAUCCCAGUGUCACUUAUUCCCAAGUUCAUCAACAAACUGACCAAAGUUCAAGUUAUGAACUCAUUUAAACACGGCUGUGACGACCCUUAUCUCCUCUCAAAAUGUCUGCUGUGUCUGGUUCAGCACAACUACCCCAUCCACCUCCUCAACAAUAUCUACGACUCCAUACUAAAAGUGCUUGCUAACGAGGGAUAUAUCACCGCACCUCAGACUAUCUCCAACAUUGUGCGCGCCAGUGAGCUGCUGUCCAAACAGAAAGAAGUGGCGCGACAUCACGUGCCCUACAUUCUGUGCAGUAUAUUCGAGUAUGUUAGCAAGAGUAACCCAGCCCUAGUGAGGGAUAUCACCCCAGCUGUUCACCCUUUAUUUGAUGUUUGUGUUGUGCAGGGUCUGCAGUAUCUCCAGGCAAGGCUGUCUCAGCCUGCCAGGCAGCUGUUUUUACAAUUGCAGAAUCAUUACAAACAGAAUAUCAAGUAUCAGGGCAAAACUUAGAUUUGUGGCUUUUCUUCUUCUGUCCGGGAGAUUUUAUUGGUACCUUUUUAACUUUUAUUGUUUUGUGGGGUUUCAAUUUUGAUCAUAUUAUGAGUGAAUUCUUUUAAUGUGCAUUAUCUGACGAUUUGUUUUAAGAUUAUUACGAGUGUAAUCGUGUUAUAAGAAUUAUUAAUUUAUUAUUUUUAGUCAA